AUGAAAGUGUUGGAGAGAUUGGUGUUGGCACACCUCAGACCUCAGGUGACCACCUCAAUGGACCCACUGCAAUUUGCCUACCAACGUGAGGUUGGUGUUGAAGAUGCCAUCAUCUACCUGCUUCAGCGAGCCCACAACCACCUGGAUGAAGCUGGUAUUGCAGUGAGAAUAAUGUUCUUCGACUUCUCCAGUGCCUUCAACACCAUACAACCUGUUUUGCUAAGAGAGAAGCUACAAAGGAUGCAGGUGGAGACAUCCAUAACAUCAUGGAUUGUUGAUUACCUGACGGAAAGACCACAGUUUGUACGGAUGGGAGGAUGUGUGUCCGAGAAGGUGGUUAGCAGCACAGGAGCACCGCAGGGGACUGUACUCUCUCCAUUCCUCUUCACAUUAUACACCUCGGACUUUCAGUACAACUCUGCAACCCGUCAUCUGCAGAAAUACUCUGAUGACUCUGCAGUUGUAGGGUGUGUGAAGGAUGGGGAGGAUACUGAGUAUAGAGAACUGGUGAACAGCUUUGUGGCAUGGUGUGGAAACAACCACCUACUCUUAAAUGUGGCCAAGACCAAAGAGAUGGUAGUGGACUUUAGGAGGGCUAGGACAAAGUUGAACACUGUCUCCAUCAUGGGGGAUGAGGUGGAGGUAGUGGAAAACUACACAUAUCUGGGUGUACAUCUGGAUAACAAACUGGACUGGAAGUGCAACACUGAGGCUGUUUAUAGGAAGGAACAGAGCAGGCUAUACUUCUUGAGGAAGCUUAGGUAUUUUAAUGUGUGCAGCAGGAUGUUGAACAUGUUUUACCAGUCUGCUGUUUCUAGUACCAUUGUCUUUGCAGCCAUCUGCUGGGGUACCAGUAUCAGAGCAAAUGACACCAAAAAACUCAACAAGUUGAUUACAGAGCUGGCUCUGUAA